CACAGCAGGGUACCCACUGCACAUGUGCAAGUAGCACUGCGCUUUGUGAAUGGUCCCGUAAAGACUACGGGGAGGGAGGGUAGGAGGCAGGGCAGGACUGACAACUCAUGGGGCCCCCGGGCAAUAGGGGAUCAUGGGGCCCCUGUGUCCUCGCCCACACUCAAACUACACCCAAAAAAUCCUAUGAAAGGUACCAGGGGCAUCUCAUAGGGCCCCCUACUGACCCUGGGCCCUUGGGCACUGCCCGAGUACCAGAAUGGUCAGUCUGCCCCUGG